AUGUCAAGCAAAACAGCAAGCACCAACAACAUCACCCAGGCAAGGAGAACUGUGCAGCAGUUAAGACUAGAAGCUUCCAUCGAGAGAAUAAAGGUAUCAAAGGCAUCAGCCGAUCUCAUGUCCUACUGUGAGGAGCAUGCCAGGAAUGACCCUCUGCUGAUAGGGAUACCAACCUCGGAAAACCCUUUCAAGGACAAGAAAACAUGCAUCAUCUUAUAG